UGACAAGAUUGAGAGGUCCAUAUACUAUAGUCUAAAGCAGCAAUCCAGGAUCAGCUCCUCCAGAAUCCCAGAUCAGCUCAAGUGGGCAACAGUAGACAGGCACAGUAGCAGACCAGCUCAGAUGUGAGGAAGAACACAGGUAUAUAACCGUACGGCCACAUCACAGAGGCGCCAGAGAGGGCCAGCUAGAGCGAGCAGGAUUGCAGGAGGGAUGGCAGGGAGGCUCCACCGGCCCAAGGCCAAGAGCUUCUGGGUCCUGGUGCGCCGCCUGCUCCUCCGCAGGAGUCACAGGCCGGCGGCGGCGGGAGGCGCGGCGGAGGACCGGAGGGAGGAGAAGAGCGGCCUCCUCAGCAGGAGCUCCCUGGAGCAGCUCCUUGUCACGGAUGCCGGCGCUCCAGGGGAUGGAGACGUUUGCGCCAAGAAGCACGGCCAGCCGGUGGCGGUGCUGGCUCGGCCGCCGCCGGCGGCGGCAACCGCAAUCGGAGGCCGUGACGGCGCGGCCGCGCACCGGCGGUUCGUGUUCGGCGGGUUCCGGCGGCGGCUGCUCAUGAGGCGGCCGUGGCGGCCGGUGCUCGUCGCCAUCCCGGAGUGAUCAUCGAUCGGUGGACGAUGGACCGUUAAUCGGAAGCCUGAUGUCAGUCAGUUACGUGGAAUUCGAUCAAGUGCUUCUGCCGGAUCAACUACCUACCUGCGGUGGCAUCCGCGUGUUCCACUCUUCUCAGAUGCGCCUGUACAGUUGUGCCAUGUAACGACUUUGCGUGAUGCUCUGGUUCAUCUCUGUUCGUUCCUACCUCCCGCGAUCUGCGAACCGUCUGGUUCUCUUCUUUCGAAUAUAAUGUAACUUGUACAUGAACUCGGAGGAGGUAUUUGAUUCGGAGAAAUUUAUUUA